AGCUCGGGAUGGACUCUGUGAGUUGGGAGCUUAACAUCCCUUUCUGCCACCGAACGGAAGGAACCAAGGCGAUCACAGAUGGCGGACUCAUCUUCUUCAGCUGCACCGGCGAGGUCCGAUGCCGAGACGGAGGAGCUGCUCGAUCGAAUGCUGACCCGGCUUGCGCUCUGCGACGACUCCAAGCUCGGAGCUCUGCUCUCCAAGCUCCUCCCUCUUUCCAUCUCCUCUCUCUCCACUCCCUCCCAAGCCGUACGCAGCAAGGUUCUCGAGAUACUGAGUCAUGUUAAUAAGAGAGUGAAACAUCAAUCAGAAAUUGGUCUCCCUCUGUCGGAGCUGUGGAGGAUAUACAUGGAAAACGAUGUCGCCCUGAUUGUUCGGAAUUUUUGCAUUUUGUAUAUUGAGAUGGCAUUUGAACGUGUAGAUAUGAAGGAGAAGGAAAUGAUGGCACCUGUACUGGUUGCUAAUGUUUCAAAGCUUCCUCACCAACAUCAGGAGAUAAUACUGAGAAUUGCUUCUAAGGUGAUUGGUGAAUGCCACUCAAAUCGAGUUGAUCCAGAAGUUGCUGCAAAAUAUAAGGCAUUGAGCAAUUCUCGGGAUAGGGAUCUCUUUCUAGAAUUUUGCCUCCAUGCUAUUUUAUAUCAGCCACCUUCUAAAGGUGGAGGAAGCCCGCCGGGGCUUUCAAUUGCUCAAGCCAACCGAGUUGUAGGGAAGGAUCCAUUCACAAGUCAAUCUCUUACAACGAGAAAGUUAGGUCUAUUGAAUGUUAUUGAAACUAUGGAGCUGGAUCCGGAAGUCGUUUAUCCUAUCUACUUGGCUGCUUCUGCUGAUAGUCAGGAGGCUGUAAUAAAGAGAGGGGAUGAACUUCUGAAAAAGAAGGCAUCUGGAGCUAAUUUUGACGAUCCGUUGCUGAUCAACAGAGUUUUUGUACUCUUCCAUGGGACCCCUGUACCUGAAAAUGUUGCACCAGACUCUAGAAUAAGUCCUGCUAAUUCUGCCUUAAGGGUCAAACUGAUGUCUGUCUUCUGUCGGUCAAUCACUGCAGCAAACAGUUUUCCUUCAUCUUUGCAGUGCAUUUUUGGCUGCAUAUAUGGAAAUGGUACCACCACAAGAUUAAAGCAGUUGGGAAUGGAAUUCACUGUCUGGGUGUUUAAACAUGCAAAACUUGAUCAGUUGAAGCUGAUGGGCCCUGUAAUACUGAAUUCAAUUUUGAAGUCACUUGAUGGUUAUUCAGGCAAUGAAUCAGAUACCACUGCUAGAGACACAAAAACAUUUGCUUUUCAAGCUAUUGGGCUGCUUGCACAGCGGAUGCCUCAGCUUUUCAGGGAGAAGAUUGACAUGGCUGUUAGACUUUUUGAUUCCAUGAAGUUGGAGUCUCAGUCAAUUCGAUUUGCUAUUCAAGAAGCAACCAACUCCCUUUCUGUUGCAUAUAAGGGGGCACCGGCUUUUGUGCUGAAUGAUUUGGAGCCUUUGCUGUUAAAAAAUUCACAAGAGGAACAAAGUGAAGUGCGUUUUUGCGCUGUUCGAUGGGCAACAUCUUUGUUCAAUUUACAACAUUGCCCAAGUCGUUUUAUUUGUAUGCUUGGGGCAGCAGAUUCUAAGCUGGAUAUCAGAGAGAUGGCACUUGAAGGCCUAUUCCCUCUGAGAGAUGAAUUACAGACCAUGAAUUCUGAUCUCCAUCAAGAGUAUCCAAAACUUGGGGCCAUGUUGGAUUAUAUCCUUAGUCAGCAGCCAAAGGUGUUAGAAUCUACUGAAGUGCGGGGACAAAGGCUCAUAUUCCCUUCAGAAACAUAUAUUGCCAUGAUUAAGUUUCUGUUGAAAUGCUUCGAGGCCGAGAUGGAGCAAAAUGGCACUAUACAAUGGUCAUCUGAGUUUAAGUCGUCAGUUCAAACAAUGUGUUUGCUGCUUGAGCAUGCCAUGGCAUUCGAGGGCUCUGUUGAACUACAUGCCACUGCUUCCAAGGCUUUGCUUACAAUUGGAUCUCGUGUUCCAGAAGUGAUUGCUUCUCAUUAUGCAACAAAAGUAUCAUGGCUAAAGCAAUUGUUGAAUCACACGGAUCUUGACACACGUGAAUCUGCAGCAUGCUUACUUGGACUGGCUUCUUCUUCUCUCCCUACCCCUGCUUCUACUGCUUUGAUCAGUGAACUCAUUUCCUCAAUUAGCUGCUCGAGAAAGCCAAGGUUUGAGCUGUAUCAUGGAGCCGUCUGUGCAAUAGGAUAUGUGGCAGCGGAUUGUGUCUGUAAAACACCCGCUGUCCCAGAGACAUUGUUCCAGAGUGUACUUAAAUGCCUGGUUGAUGUUGUUAAUACUGAGGGUGCGACAUUAGCAUCUAUUGCAAUGCAAGCACUGGGUCACAUUGGGUUACGUGUCCCAUUAACUCCACUAAUUAAUGACUCUGGUCCAGCUGACAUUUUUAUGGUUAUACAAGAAAAACUGAAAAAGCUACUUUCGGGUGACGAUAUUAAAGCAAUUCAGAAAGUUGUUGUCUCGCUUGGGCAUAUCUGUGUGAAAGAAACAUCAUCUUCUCAUCUCAACAUGGCCAUCGAGUUGAUAUUCAGCCUUUGCCGAUCAAGGGUUGAGGAUGUCUUAUUUGCUGCCGGCGAGGCUUUAUCAUUUAUGUGGGGGGCCGUUCCUGUGACUGCUGACACAAUUUUGAAAACUAACUACACCUCUCUUUCCAUGUCAUCAAAAUUUCUCAUGGAAAAUGUGAAUUCUUCCUUGUUGGAUGAUGGCUCUAAAGGAUUUAUUGAAGUCAGUGACGAUGCUCGUCCCAUGGUUAGGGAGGCAAUUACUAGAAAGCUUUUUGAUGGCCUGUUGUACAGUACCAGGAAGGAAGAGCGAUGUGCUGGAACUGUGUCGCUCUUAUCACUGACAAUGUACUGUGGCCAUCACUCAACCAUCCAGCAAAUGCUUCCCGAGAUUCAGGAGAGCUUCUCUCACCUCCUUGGUGAGCAAAACGAACUUACACAGGAACUUGCAUCCCAAGGCAUGAGCAUCGUAUAUGAACUUGGUGAUGCCUCUAUGAAGAAGAACUUGGUAAAUGCACUGGUUGGAACACUAACUGGAUCUGGAAAGCGGAAAAGAGCCAUCAAGCUUGUUGGGGAUUCCGAAGUUUUUCAGGAAGGGGCCAUAGGAGAGAAUCUAAGUGGAGGAAAACUUAACACUUAUAAGGAGCUAUGCGGUCUAGCAAACGAGAUGGGCCAACCUGACUUGAUUUACAAGUUCAUGGAUCUUGCUAAUCAUCAAGCUGCUUUAAAUUCCAAGAGAGGUGCUGCUUAUGGUUUUUCUAAGAUAGCAAAGCAAGCUGGGGAUGCUCUUCAGCCGCAUCUACGCUUGUUGAUUCCGAGGCUUAUUCGGUAUCAAUAUGAUCCUGAAAAGAAUGUGCAGGAUGCAAUGGCACACAUAUGGAAGUCCCUUGUCGCAGACUCCAAAAAAACGAUUGAUGAUCAUCUGGACCUUAUUAUGGAUGAUUUAUUGACACAAUGUGGUUCAAGGCUUUGGCGUUCGCGAGAGGCUUCUUGUCUUGCGCUCGCUGAUAUUAUUCAAGGACGAAAAUUUGAGCAGGUUGGGAAGUAUUUGAGACAAAUAUGGACUGCAGCAUUCCGUGCCAUGGAUGAUAUUAAGGAGACUGUCCGGAAUGCUGGUGACAAGUUAUGCAGAGCUGUAACUUCGCUAACAAUACGCCUCUGUGAUGUUGCGCUCACUGAAGAGUCAGAGUCACGGCAAGCAAUGGAUAUUGUAUUGCCGUAUUUACUCAAAGAAGGCAUUCUAAGUAAAGUUGAUAGUAUUCGUAAAGCAUCAAUUGGAGUUGUUAUGAAGCUAGCAAAGGGAGCAGGGGUUGCACUCCGUCCACAUUUGGCAGAUUUAGUUUGUUGUAUGCUUGAAAGUUUGUCGAGCCUAGAGGACCAAGGGCUCAAUUACGUUGAGUUGCAUGCAGCAAAUAUUGGACUGCAAACAGAAAAGCUUGAGAACUUGCGCAUCUCAAUUGCAAAAAAUUCUCCUAUGUGGGAAACUCUUGACCUGUGCAUAAAUGUUGCUGACACGCAAUCAUUAGUGCUUGUUCCUCGUCUUGCCCAGAUGGUGCGAUCUGGGGUUGGCCUUAAUACAAGGGUAGGGGUGGCCAACUUUAUCAGCUUAUUGGUUCAGAAGGUCGGAGUUGAUAUCAAACCAUUCACGAGCAUGUUGUUGAGGAUGCUAUUUCCUGCCGUAAAGGAGGAAAGGAGUGCUGCAACUAAGCGUGCCUUUGCAAGUGCUUGUGCAGUAGUUUUGAAGCAUGGGACUACCUCUCAGGCACAAAAGUUGGUUGAGGAUACUAUUGCUCUGCAUACGGGUGACAAAAAUGCACAGACGGCUUGUGCAAUUUUAUUGAGAAGCUUCACAUCCAUGGCCCUGGAUGUUGUAAGUGGUUAUUAUGCAGAAAUUCUACCCGUCAUCUUCAUCUCGAGAUUUGAGGAUGAGAAGAACAUUUCAAACAUAUUUGAGGAGUUGUGGGAAGAAAAUACAAGUGGCGAGCAACUCACCCUUCAGUUGUACAUGAAAGAAAUAGUUGCUCUUAUUUGCGAAAGCAUAUCAUCAUCAUCAUGGGCAAGCAAAAAAAAGUCAGCUCAGGCCACUUGCAAGCUUAGUGAGGUCUUAGGUGAAGCCUUGUCUCCUUAUCAUCAAGUUCUGCUCCAGUCUCUUAUGAAGGAACUUCCAGGUCGUUUAUGGGAGGGAAAGGAGGCUCUUCUGUCUGCAAUGGGUGCUCUUUCAAAGGCUUGUCACAAAGCAAUUUCUGCUGAAGAUCCUAGUGCUGCUGGUGCUAUUUUGAAUCAACUUUUAUCUGCAUGCACAAAGAAGGUCAAGAAAUACCGAGAAGCGGCUCUCUUAAGCCUUCAGCAGGUCAUAAAAUAUUUUGGGAGUCCAGAAUUCUUCAAUAUCGCCUUUCCAAAUCUAUUUGAUAUGUGCAAUUCAGCCACUUCGAAUAAGUCUGCACAAGCUACUUUGGCAAGUGAUACUACACAAGCAGAAUCUGAUAGAGCAGAAGAGGCUUCUGUUCCAUAUGACAAAGUCUUGGACUGCAUUACUGCUUGUAUCCACAUAGCUAGUACAAAUGAUAUUCUCGAGAAAAGGGACAACUUGAAGCAUCUCUUCAUCAUUAUCCUAUCCCCCGAGUUAUCAUGGACAGUGAAAACGUCAGCCUUUCUGUCUAUCAAAGAACUCUGCUCAAAGCUCCGUGCCAGUCUGCAUGAUUCUGAGGAAAAUGCUCAACACGCCACUGUAGCAUCUUUAAUUAUUGAGUUGUUUCACUCGGUGUCCCCGAAAGUGGUUGAAUGCAUAAGCACCAUAAAGAUAGCUCAGGUUCAUGUCAGUGCGUCGGAAUGCCUCUUGGAGCUCAUCACGCUGCACCGGGAGCUUCCCUCCACGUAUUGGACAGAUGCGGGUUUCAAGAGCGAGGUGCUUCAUCAAUAUGAGGUGGAAAAGAACGAAGAGGCCAAGUCCUUGCUUAAAAAUUGCAUCGCAAUGCUCGACAAACCAGUAGGAUAGGAACGGAAAGGGAGCAGAGUUAGGCUCUCCGCCUGCACGUAGAAGUCAAGUUUGCUAUCCCCGCUAAAAAGAUUUUUCUACCGAGCAUAUCUUUUCUGACCUCUCCUCGAGUAGAGCAUCUGGGUUGCCUUCUGUUGUACCUUAAAACCUUGACGGUAUAUGUUGAGAACGUGUUCUUUGGAUUUCGUCA